AUGGCAGAGGUCAUGAAGACCCCGACGGUGCCGACGUGGAACGGCGGCGCCGGCACAUGGGAGAAGUACCAGCAGGAUGUGAUGAACUACGUGGACGGCAUGAAGUGGGAGGACAGGUACCUGUGCGGCCCCAGGUUGGUCGCUCGGCUGACGGGUGCAGCGGCAACAGCUUGCAUCGGCCGGCCUCGCAGGUGGCUGUCCAACUCUUGGGGUGCUGACUACCUGCUGGAGUACCUACAGAAGAAUGUGAUGCGACAGCCGGUCGAAGACGUCGGGCACUACAUGGAGGAGUACUUCGUGAAGCUCCGCCGCCGGCGCGGCGAGGGCAUGGCUGAGUAUUGCCUUCGUGUGCACGAGAGCUACCAGCGUCUUCGAGUGGCUCUAGCUAGAACGGUCAGAAAGAACGGCAAGGACCAGUUCAUGCCGGUGAUGCUUCGUGGCACCGCGUCGAGAGUGAAGAGGGCACUCCCGAGGGCGAUGAGGAAGCGCCUGAAGUGCGAGACUGGCAAAUUCCCGAAGCUCAGUGGUACGGACAGGCGUGGCACGGCGACCGCGGACGGCAAGACGGGUGGCCUGGACGGCGGCGAGAUAGCAGCAGUGAUCGGAUCGUGUCGUGGCGAUUUCACAGUCGACAAUGUCGAGAGCGCUCUCAGGACUCAGUGGCCUAGUGACGAGAACCUGAAGGACAGGGACUACAGGAAGUCGAAGUUCAUCCGGCAGCAAGUGGCCGCGGCGGCGUUCUACGGGGACGACGCGCAGACCUGGGGCGACGGCGACGAGAGGGACAAUGCGCUGGCAGUGGCGUCGACAACGGAAGGCGAGGAAGAAGGCGUCGACGACGAGGCCUACGCGACAGCGAUCACGGAGGAAGAGGAAGCCUACGCCCAGUUCCAGGCGAGCCAGAGAAGGCUCCAGGACGCACGGCAGCAGAUCAACAAGCACCGCACGAGCAGGAAGUUCUUCGGCUCUGGAGGGGGCCAGCGCAGUGACGGGCGUCAGGGUCCGUGCCUCAAGUGCGGAGGUGCCCAUCGCACUGGGGGCUGUCCGGACAAGGCGGACCCCAAGUUGAGCCAGAACCGCCCGGCACCUGGCCGGGGUGGCGGCGACAGCGGCGGCAAGCUCCACGGCUUCAUUUUGAUGGCGGAGUACGACGCCCGCUCAGAUGACGAGACCGAGCUGCAGGUAGAGGAGCUCGGCAACGUGGUGGACUUCGACGACCCAGAGGUCAGGAUGGCGUACGUCGUCGAGAGGGCCACCGAGAAAGGGCACGGCAUCAUGGACCGCGGGGCGGCGAAGACCACUGGAGGUAUCGAGGCGGUGGAGACCCUCAACGAGAUCCUGAUCUCCAGGGGGCACCCGCCGAUGGAGGUCGACCUGCAGGACCUGCCCGUCUACAAGUUCGGCAACGGCGAGGUGAAGCGUGUCCUGUGCCGGGUCAAGUUUACCCUUUUGGUGCAAGGAGAAUACGUGCCGUUUUUCGUUCACGCGAUCAACGCGAAGGGUAUUCCUAUCCUGGUGUCGAUCGAGACGCUGAACAACCUGGGGGCCAUCGUGGAUUUCGAUGCGGCCUGUGGUAUCUUCAAGAAGAUCGACCCGUUCAGGAUGAUCUCGUUCCCCAGGUCCCGUACUGGCCACCUACUGAUCGACCUGACGUGCGACUUGCUGGGCGGUACGGGCAUCGACGGGAGCUCCGAGAAAGACUACGAGGUUCUCAAGUACAUCUACUGGCUCACAGAGUACCUCUACGGGAUCUCCAAUAGGAUCUGCGAGUCCACAGAGUAG